AUGGGCCACGGCCAUCACAAUAUCCGCUUCGAUGGCGAUCCGCACGCUCUGUCGGGCGCCUGGAGCCCGCCGACGAGCCGAGCAAACUUCUGCGAGGAAGACUACGGCUUGACUUUUUACGUGGCCGAAUUCAUCAAUUCAGUGACAAAUAUUGCCUACGUGUACUAUGCGUUGAAAUACAUGUACGGCCCAGGAAGCCGCGGCCUGUGGCGGCCCAACCUCGACUUCAUGUCCGUCACCCUCUUCAUCCUCGGCAUCGGCUCCUUUCUCUUCCACGCCAGCCUGCGCCAGACGCUCGAGUUCGUCGACGAGCUCUCCAUGAUGGGGCUCAUCUGGUCGAUGCUGCAGGCAACCCUCACCGUGCGCCAGACGCCCGCCGCCGCCCGACUCAUCUCCGCCGGCCUGGCCGUCUUCUUCGUCUCGUUUACCGUCUUUUACCUGCGCUCCCCGCUCAUCAUCUACCAGGUCGUGGCCUUUCUCAGCGGCGUCGGCGUCCUGAUCUUGCGCGUGCUCUACCUCUUUCACUGGAUGCAGCCGGCGUUCCCCGAGGCCAAGAGGCGCGCCUGGCGCAACACUUCCAUCGUGUCGCUGCUCAUCUGCGUCGCCGGCUACGCCAUCUGGAACGUCGACCUCGAGUACUGCCAGAUGCUGCGGGACAUUCGCCAGCAGGUCGGCCUGCCGUGGGCCUGGCUCUUUGAGUUUCACGGAUGGUGGCAUGUCCUCACAGCCAUUGGUGCCGCAAAGUUCAUCACGGUCGCGAGGGAAGUGCGUGAGGAGGUCAGGCGCGAACAAAAGAAGGAGUAA